AAGGAUGACGAAGAUAUUCUCUCCUACUCAGUUCUUGCCAUAAUAACCCAAACUUUUCGUAAGGUUGAAGAACAGAGGACAGAAAAACAGAGCAAGAGAAAACAGGGGCGACCUGACCUUCAAAAACACAAAAGCGAUGGCAAAGAACUCAAACAUGGCGUUUUUUGUAGCCAUGGCGGCUCUGGCUUUGGUAAUGAACUCGGUGGGGGCAGCAAAUACUUAUGAAGUGGGUGAUGCGUUGGGUUGGACCGUCCCUCCCGCUGGAACUUACGCUACCUGGGCUUCAAACAAGACCUUCACUGUUGGCGACGUUCUUGUGUUCAAAUUUAGCACCGGAAAUCAUGACGUAGCUGAAGUGACAAAGGCAUCUUAUGAUUCUUGCAAUGCCAAUAGCCCCAUUUCAAUUGCGACUAACGGCCCUGCAAAUCUCACACUGAACAGUUCUGGGGAGCAUUAUUACAUUUGUACCUUUGGUGGCCAUUGUAUUGGUGGUCAAAAGUUGAGCAUCAAUGUCACCGGAACUUCAUCUCCAGCUCCAGCUCCUGCACCAAGUACUAGCUCUCCUCCUCCUUCACCUUCACCUUCACCACCGGCAGCUGUUCCGGCACCCGCUCCCAGUACUAGUUCUCCUCCUCCACCACCGGCAGCUGCUCCGGCACCGGGUCCGAGUACUAGCACUACCCCUGGCAGCGGCGCCAGUCCUCCAUCUGGCAGCCCCAGCAGCCCAACCACUCCAUCAUCAUCACCACCAACACCAGAAGGUUCUGCUAGCCCUCCACCACCACCACCAAGUGCAGCAACAUCUGUUAGGGUUGCUGGCCUAUCUGCAACCUUCCUGUUCAUUGCUUUGGCUUUGUUGUUUUAGAUGGAUGCGUGUUGGUAUAUAGUUAAUUUGUGUGAUGUGAUUCAUUUAAAUUAAUUAUUAGACAGCGCAGCGCUAUAUGGGAUGGCGUACGUGAUUGUUGUUUUUAUACACAGUGAGUAUAUUAUUGAUCUAAUAAAGCUGAUUUUGAGUUUUUGACUUUUCA